AUGGGCGGGUUUUCCUGCCAUAACCCACCGGGGUACGAGUUCACCAACAACCGAGGAGGAGGAGGAGGGGUAAGCGGAGGGUUGGGAUCGCAAGGAGGAAGCAACCCUGAAACAAACUUUACUCCUUGGUCGUACCCUUCAGAGAAACCCGGCCAGGACUUAACUUUCCCCAUCAACUUUAACCAGCAGGGUUGCCACACCACCACUAGCGCGGGAUUGCAGAGUUCCUGCGCCGUGCUGCAGGAGCGUGAGCCAGGGUCUCAACAAGGCCAGAUGAAGCCCCCAACGCAGGGGACUUUUCCGGAGUCGGAGAAACUGCAAACAUCACCACAAGAUUGUCUUCUUCAAUCAUGCAAAGUAAACGAUGGAACGUCACCAUCAAGGUUAAACUGCAACGACAACAAUAACAACAUCAACCAAAACAACAACAACAUCAACCAAAACACCACCACCAAUGAGAGCAAUAAAACCAGCCACGACAAAGCACCGUGUAGAUGGAUGGCAGUCCAGUCUCCAGCCGAACUUCGCCCGCCGAGUAUCGACGCGGAAGCCCCCAUCGUGACCGUCAUCCGCCCGCCUCGUAAGAAGCGACGCCCGUACACCAAGUACCAGACCUACGAGCUAGAGAAGGAGUUCCUAUUCAACAUGUACUUGACACGGGACCGGAGAACCCAUAUCUCCCGGUCGCUCAGCCUCAGUGAGAGGCAGAUUAAGAUUUGGUUCCAGAACAGGCGGAUGAAACUGAAGAAGAUGAGGAUGAGGGAAGACUUUGAUGGGCGUGGUCACCAGAUGUUACAGGGAGGACCUCACCACCUACAUCACCACCAGCCGCAUCUUCACCAUCAUCUUCACCAUCACCAUCAGCAACAAGGAUGUGAUAUGACUGUUGCAUUGCAUCAUCAUCCACGUCAUCAAUUACUCAUGUGACAUUGCGGAUUAAGAUAACUUAUUUAAAACACUUACUUUAUGUCACUCAUACGUCAUUAUAACGUAUGUGAUGAGGACUUUUCCCGAGACUUAUAUUGCUUAUUUUACCAUGCUGUUAUGUGUAUUCACCUUUCAUUACAUCGUUACCACAUGGGAAGAUUAGUUGCUGUUGCAAACUGCUUAUCAACCAAAAUGACCUAUGGUAUAAAUACAAACAUAAAUUAAUUACCUGACACAUUUCGAGCAGAGUUUUUCCCGAAGGCAAGCUAACUUUUGGACCAAGGAUAAUCUAAAAAGAACUCCACUGGAUCAAUGCAGAUUUAAUUAUUUUGUGAUAAUAGAAAUGAAACCCUGUAUAUCAAUUACGAUAUACAUCAAUGUCACAGAUAACAGUAACCCAACUGAUUGAUUAUGACUGAAAACAAUGCACCAUUUACUACCCGUGCGUAUAGUAAAUUAUCAAACAAUUUGGGUCAUGAUCGGGACAAAAAAAUAAUUAAUAGUGGAGAGCGAGAGACGGAGUGUAGUCCAGUAAUUGUUUUAAAGGGAUGCUGCAGUGAAUUAAAAUAAAACAGUUAAUUUUGCUGUCAUUUAUUUCUGA